AUGGCAGAGAGCAAAGCAGCACAGGAAGGGAAGAAACCCCAGCUGGUUGUAGUAUCCAACCGUCUCCCACUAUCCCUAAAACGAACUGAUACGGGAAAAUACGAAUCCUCAAAAUCCAGCGGCGGACUGGUCACGAGUCUGAGUGGUAUAUCGGAAUCGAUUGGGUUUCAAUGGUUUGGUUGGACCGGGUUGGAAGUACCUGAAGAUGAGCAGGAGGAUGUUCGAAAGCUGUUAGCGGAGCAGAACGCUGUUCCCGUCUUCCUAGACGAGGAGCUUGCUAAUAACCAUUAUAAUGGGUUUUCAAACUCCAUUUUGUGGCCUGUCUUACAUUACCAACCUGGAGUUCAGCAUUUUGAUGAAAAGUGGUGGCGUGCAUAUCAGGAGGUCAAUCAGAGAUUCGCGAAAGUAGUCGCAGAGGCAACCUCGGAUGGGGAUCUGGUCUGGGUGCAUGACUAUCAUCUGAUGCUUCUGCCUGGCAUUCUGCGAAAAGAAUUUGCCAAACAGGGCAAAAAUUCGGUAAAGAUUGGCUUCUCUCUGCAUACUCCGUUCCCUGCCGCAGAAGUAUAUCGGGCUCUUCCAACGAACCAAGAAAUACUGGAGGGGGUUGUGAACAGUGACUUGAUUGGAUUUCACACCAAUGAUUAUGCCGGACACUUUGCGGAUGCCUGUUCUCAGAUAUUAGGUGCGUCCAAAGACGGGCUAACACUCUGUUAUAAAGAUCGAACCAUCCGGAUUGGAAAAUUCAUCGUCGGCAUAGAUCCAACGUGCUUCUUAGAGGCAGUGAAGUCAGAGCCCGUCCAGAAAAGGAUCGCUGAACUUGAAAAUAAAUACAAGGGCAUAAAAAGGAUCGUCGGUGUCGACAGGCUGGAUUACAUCAAAGGAUUGCCCGAGAAGUUGUAUGGUUUCCAGGAAUUCCUCCGCACGCAUCCGGAAUGGGUUGGAAAAAUUGUUUUGAUCCAGAUUGCGGUACCCAGCCGUGAAGAUGUUCCGGAAUACCAAGAACUAGAGGCUGAGCUAUACCGGUUGGUGGGUAUGAUCAACGGCGAAUUUGGUAAACCUGACUAUGCACCAGUCAUGUUUAUCCACCAGUCGAUCCCUUUCGAAGAGCUGGCUGCCCUAUAUGCAGCAUCCGACAUAUGUCUGCUAUCAUCCACAAGAGAUGGCAUGAAUCUCGUGGCUCUUGAGUACAUUGCCUGCCAGCAAGAAAGAAACGGUGUACUCGCCGUCUCCGAGUUCGCAGGAGUAUCAUCCUAUUUGGAAGGUGGAAUCAAAUUCAACCCGUUCAACUCUAGUGAGAUUGCUAGAGUGAUCCAUGAGGCCGCAGAAAUGGACACAGAACAGAGGAAAAGAGAGCAUACGCAGCUCCUUGACUUUAUUCAGUCUCAUACCAGCACCCAUUGGGGCCAGGGAUUCGUUGAGAAACUUGCAGCUGCUUAG